GCAUAAGUCAGAGCGGGAGACCGAGAAUCCUGCCCAGUUACAGGAGCCGUCAGCCCAACUGCAGCUUCUCGGCCUCGGAGCUUCUGCCCACCGAGAGCGGCCUGUAGGCAGGCGGACUUCAGCAAUGGCCUUUGCAAAUUUGCGGAAAGUGCUUAUCAGUGAUAGUCUGGACCCCUGCUGCAGGAAGAUCCUGCAAGAUGGAGGGCUCCAGGUGGUGGAGAAACAGAACCUGAGCAAAGAGGAGCUGAUAGCCGAGCUGCAGGACUGUGAAGGCCUGAUUGUCCGCUCAGCCACCAAGGUGACCGCUGAUGUCAUCAAUGCAGCCGAGAAGCUCCAGGUGGUGGGCAGGGCUGGAACAGGCGUGGACAACGUGGAUCUGGAGGCCGCAACAAGGAAGGGUGUCCUGGUUAUGAACACCCCUAAUGGGAACAGCCUCAGUGCGGCAGAGCUCACCUGUGGGAUGAUCAUGUGCCUGGCCAGGCAGAUUCCCCAGGCUACGGCUUCGAUGAAAGAUGGCAAGUGGGAACGGAAGAAGUUCAUGGGAACAGAGCUGAAUGGGAAGACCUUGGGCAUCCUUGGCCUGGGCAGGAUUGGGAGAGAGGUGGCCACCCGAAUGCAGUCCUUUGGGAUGAGGACGAUCGGGUAUGACCCCAUCAUUUCUCCAGAGGUCUCGGCCUCCUUUGGUGUUCAGCAGCUGCCCUUGGAGGAGAUCUGGCCUCUCUGUGAUUUCAUCACUGUGCACACACCUCUCCUGCCCUCCACGACAGGUUUGCUGAACGACAGCACCUUCGCCCAGUGCAAGAAGGGGGUGCGUGUGGUGAACUGCGCUCGCGGGGGAAUUGUGGAUGAGGGCGCCCUGCUUCGGGCCCUGCAGUCUGGUCAGUGUGCCGGGGCUGCACUGGACGUGUUUACGGAAGAGCCACCACAGAACCGAGCCUUGGUGGACCACGAGAACGUCAUCAGCUGCCCCCAUCUGGGUGCCAGCACGAAGGAGGCCCAGAGCCGCUGCGGAGAGGAAAUCGCCGUCCAGUUCGUGGACAUGGUGAAGGGGAAGUCUCUAGCAGGGGUUGUCAAUGCCCAGGCCCUCACCAGUGCUUUCUCUCCACAUACCAAGCCUUGGAUUGGUCUGGCAGAAGCUCUGGGGACACUGAUGCGAGCCUGGGCUGGAUCCCCCAGAGGGACCAUCCAGGUGGUAACACAGGGUACAUCCCUGAAGAAUGCUGCAAACUGCCUAAGCCCCGCAGUCAUUGUCGGCCUCCUGAAAGAAGCUUCCAGGCAGGCGGAUGUGAACUUGGUGAACGCCAAGUUGCUGGUGAAAGAGGCUGGCCUCAAUGUCACCACCUCCCACAGCCCUGCUGGACCUGGGGAGCAGGCUUGUGGGGAAUGCCUCCUGACCGUGGCCCUGGCAGACGCCCCCUACCAGGCUGUGGGCUCAGUCCAGGGCACCACGCCUGUGCUGCAGAUGCUCAAUGGAGCUGUCUUUAGGCCAGAAGUGCCUCUCCGCAGGGGCCUGCCUUUGCUUCUGCUGCGAGCUCAGUCCUCCAACCCCGCCAUGCUGCCUACCAUGAUUGGCCUUCUGGCAGAGGCAGGUGUCCAGCUGCUGUCCUACCAGACCUCGAUGGCAUCAGAUGAGGAGACCUGGCAUGUCAUGGGCAUCUCCACCCUGCUGCCCAGCCUGGACGCAUGGAAGCAGCAUGUGAAGGAGGCCUUCCAGUUUCACUUCUAACCUCGGGGCUCACUGGUCUCAUCCUCUGGGGCUUUUGUGAAAAAAUCUGUCCACUAUGGUCAAUAGUCAAUGGGGGAGUCGAUUCUCAUUCCCGGGUCUGAACAUGGGCUUCCAGCACUGCUUAUGCUGUAGUCAUCCAGCCCUGUAGUACAGUACCAUUUACUAAAGAGCCUGCCCCAGA